AUGAUACCAGCCAUUCUACCACUGUUGAUCUCCCUAACAGCGCUGGGGUCCACUGCACUCGCAAAAACAGACCAGAAACUGCUUGGGCCAUCCUUCACACCUCCAUCCAACAUUCUUUCAAGCAACGUUAUUCAACAAGCAGUUUUGAACAUUACAAACGCACUGAACAACGUGGUUCGUACCGGAGAAAGCAUCUUUGGUAGCUUCAGUAGCAGCACAACGUCCUUCUCCUUAACAGCCGUUUCGCAGCUCGACUCUUCGCCAAUCCUCGACUUUCAUCACACUUCCGGCUCGUUAAACAUUUCUGCUGGGAGCACAUCGAAAAUCACCAGCGAUACAGUCUAUCGAAUCGGCAGCGUGUCAAAGCUCUUCACAGUUUACGCCCUCCUUCUGAACAAUGGAUCUCAUCACUGGAAUAGUCCUGUUACGGAUUUUAUUCCAGAGCUGAAACACGCCGCUCAGCAUCCUCCACACGAUUCGACGGUCGACUGGGUUCAAUGGGAUCAAGUCACCGUCGGCGCUCUUGCGUCGCAACUUUCUGGGAUAGGAAGAGAUUACGCUUCAGGCGAUUUAGCUGUUCAAAACUUUCCCUGGACAGAGCUCGGGCUGCCUAUCCUCCCUCCUCAAGACAUACCUUCCUGUGGCAUCAAUGAUGAUCAGCAACCUUGUGCUAGAAAUGGUGAGUACUCUCUGGAGCGUGGCCCCUUUGUUCUUCUCUCUUUUAUUCAUUCUUCUUCUUCUAUCAUCAUCAUUGACAUUACGACGCCAGAAUACUUUUCAGGUUUCAUCCAGAGACAUCCCGUUUUCCCGCCCUAUGGCACGGCUCUGUACUCCAAUGCAGCUUAUAGGAUUCUCGCGUACGUGAUCGAAGCCAUCACAGGAAAGUCAUACGAAGCAGUACUCCAGAAAGAAAUUUUUGAACCUCUGGGCUUGAAGUACUCGAGCUCAGUGCCACCACUUGGUAGCGGCGCAGGAGUCAUCCCCAAUGGAGAUGCAGGAUGGAGCCGCCCGUAUGGCGACGAGGUUGCUACGGGCGGUUUGCUUUCUUCAACAAAAGACUUAGCCGAGUUCGGACGAGCCAUCUUUGGCAAUAAGCAGCUGUCUUCGAUGGAGACUUUGCGCUGGAUGAAGCCAGGCUCACUCACAUCUUCAACAGCCCUUUUUGUAGGCGCGCCCUGGGAGAUUGUACGAACCCGCAGCAGCAUCAAGACCGGCAGCCUCGUCGAUCUCUACACCAAGUCUGGCAGCGUGGGAGCCUACCAAUCUCUGCUAGUUCUCAUACCCGAUUACCAGGUCACGAUGGCCAUCUUGGCCGCUGGCCCCGACGCCGCUUCAGCAUUGCAUAUCGCCACCGAGACUGCUAUACAAACCCUUCUCUCUGCGCUAGCCAGCGCUGCCAAAUCAGAGUCUUGCAGCAAGUUUUGCGGAGAUUACAGCCCAACAGCCGCUUCAAGGGAUUCUCUGCUUGUCAUCUCCACCGACGACGGGCCUGGCCUUUUGCUUAAAGAGUGGACUCACCAGGGCCAUGAUCUGAUCGCCGCCGGCCAGGCUUAUUCGAACGCUACGCGCGGUGGCGAAAUCAAAUCCUUGAGACUAUUGCCCACGGGCCUACGAAGCGGAAACCGGGUUUCGUACCGCGCGAUAGUCAAUAUCACUCCAUAUCAGUUCGACCCAUCGGUUGACUACGUCUUUGAUCCACAAGCCAAUCUCUGGGGAACGCCGGACCAGCUAAUGUACGGUGGAAUUGCGAUAGACGACUUUGUGUUUCAUUUGGAUGACAGGGGACGCUCAGCCGCAAUCGAGCCGCGGGUGUUGAGAGUAGCAUAUCAGCGGCUGUAG